CCCUCCCCCCCCCCCCCCUCCUCUCUCAAAACACCCACACACGGUGAGGCUGAGCGGCGAGCUCGGGCGAGGGUCCAUCAACAAAUAACCACACGCCGCUUUCAUCCGAUCUCACAAAUUCCUACCGAACAAAGAAUAUGGCGCCGCUCUCGUCGUCAAAAUAUCGUUCCUCGCCGGGUAGAUCGUCCAGAAACCAGACCAAGGUCACCCUAAAGGCAUCUCGGAGCUCAGAUCCGAGCACUUCGGAAGGCCCACCCCUCAAGAAACGGAAGUAUAUUCCAGGUGGUCCCGGUGGAGGAGGGCGGUAUAUCGAACUAGAAGUGAAGGAGCCAGCUUCGAGACAACCAAAGUCCGGUCCAGCAGCUCGACGCAAUUCCUCGAGCUCCCGCAGUCGCCCUGCUCCUGCUCCAGCUCCAGCUCCAGAACCCGAGCCUCCUCAGCCCGUACAGUUACCGCCUCCGCCUCCUCCUCUUCCUCCGCCACCUCCUGUACCAUCCACGCCGCCUUCUGCGCGUCUGACACGAGAAAAGAGCCAGAACCGUGGCCGCUUCGGCUCAUCGACCGCGGCUGCCCUUGCGCUACAACAAGGAGAUGGGUACAAACCACGCGAGGAACGGGGCUGGGAGGAGUUCCAUCCGGACCUGGACAUCGACACCAAGUUCACGAUUUUCAGUGCAGAAGAGGUGGAUAGGCCUCCACCGUCGGCUUCGAUAGCUCACAUCCUAUCGCCCAACGGCCUGGAUAACAGUAGCGACAAGGAUCCGAUCGCAGAGCUCAUUCGAGCGCACGCCAGUGGCAAUUCGCCGACGCCAAUCAAGCGCCGCCCUGGCCGCCCUCCUCGUCGCCCCGAAGCUAUCCUCCAUGCUCUGGGUAUCUCGCCGCAACCGAAACCUGUUCCUCCUCCCGGUCCCAAUCCACGCGAAAGGCUGACCCUCCCGAAGCCCGCGUUCCGACUGCGGGAUCCGUUCACCUUCUAUGACCAACCUGGUGUCGGUCAGCAAAACUAUGUCGACCGUACCAUGGCUAGCGUUGGCUAUCAGGAGAGCGACCUGUUCUUGCGGCAUGACCGGCGGUUGGUUCGUAUGUCAGAGUGUGCGCAGGAAGAUGAUCUAGAUCUGACCAACCUUGUUGCCUCAGAGGGGGAGGUCAAUGCGGCUGUUGGUCGGGUGGAGUAUGACAUGGACGAACAGGAUGAGAAGUGGCUGGAAGACUACAACGCGAAAAGGAGGGAAGAUCAACUGGAGCCAAUAAAACCGGCGGUCUUUGAAAUCACCAUGACCAAGAUCGAAAGAGAGUGGUAUGCCCUGGAGAAGCGUAUUCCAAAACCAAACCCGAAACCCCCGCAAACGCAGCGCCCCCGUUCGAGCUCUGCCGCCGCGGUCAAUGGUGAAACUGCCCCCGGCGAAGAGCAGGACAGCAAAUGUGCCAUUUGUGAUGACGGCGACUGCGAGAACUCGAAUGCGAUUGUGUUCUGCGAUGGAUGCGACCUAGCGGUUCACCAAGAAUGCUACGGCGUUCCUUUUAUUCCCGAAGGGCAAUGGCUUUGCCGCAAGUGUCAACUCAUAGGUCGGGGAUCCGUUAACUGCAUUUUCUGUCCGAACACCGAGGGCGCCUUCAAACAGACUACUUCCUCGAAAUGGUCCCAUCUUCUGUGUGCUAUCUGGAUCCCAGAAGUCUCGAUCGGUAACCCAUCUUUGAUGGAGCCGAUUACUGACGUCGAAAAAGUGCCGCGAAGCCGCUGGAAACUCAAUUGCUAUAUCUGUCGUCAGAGGAUGGGUGCAUCUAUCCAGUGUAGCAACAAGAACUGUUUUGUGGCGUUCCACGUCACGUGCGCCCGACGAGCCCAGCUCUAUCUGAAAAUGAAGUCAGGUCAUGGAACCCCGGCCGUGAUGGACUCCCAUCUCCUCAAGGCCUUCUGUGAUAAGCAUGUUCCGCCUGAAUGGCGAAGGGAGCAUGGUACCGAUGCUGCCACGGCGGAUGCGAUCGAGUACUACCGGAAUACCAUGCAGGGUCGCCGCUGGGGAGACAGCCAGGCAGCGGCGCUCUCGUUGGAACCAGUCCACUCCCAUAUUGGAGAGCAUGGAGAGGACGACGCGCACCGGACACAUACACCACGUAUUACUCUUACUGUCGGUGGCAACAAGCGUAAGCGAAUGACUGCACCUAAAACGAUCUGGAAGCUACCGUCCGGAGCUCCGGUGAUUCCUCAGGUCGUCCUGAACUCGGUCGGCGCUUCGCUCCAACGGUUUGGAGUACGGCAGCGAAAGCAGUUUGCUGAAGAUGCCUGCAAGUACUGGACCCUCAAACGCGAAGCGAGACGAGGUGCUGCGCUUCUGAAACGGCUGCAGCUGCAGUUGGAGACCUUCUCAUCGAUGGAGAUGACCAGGAGAGAUUAUGUUGCGAUGGGGGUGACCGGCAGCAAGCGACUUCAGCGGCGCAUCGAUUUCGGCCAGAGGCUUAGCUACGAUCUGGAUAAAUUGAGGACGCUGUGCGACGAAGUCAGAAGGCGAGAGCAGGAAAAGCUGAAAGACGUGGAAACUCUACGCAGUAUCGUAGACACCGUCUACUUCCCUAUUUUCCCUUUGCUCUGGCCUAUCUUCGAAAAGGCUCAAGGGCUUGACGGGAAAGGUAUCUUCAAGAACGGACUGUCGUCCAUCCGUGCAAAGCUCCAAGAACGCUACUACUCGUCGGUGGCAUCUUUCUCUGCCGACCUUGCCCGGGAAUUCACCACGGAGAUUGGUGUGCAACCAGCUGGGGACACUGCAGAGCUACAGAUGCAGAUCAGCGGCCGUGCCCCCGAACUCAGUCUCGAACAACGUGAGAAGAGAAAAUUGGCUAAGCGCAUUAUAAAAGCUAUUCAACCGGCACUGGAAGAUGCUAUCAGGAAAGAGAGCGAACUGAACCGCAAGCCUUUCGAGCAAGAAUUGAAGGAGCUUGAUCUCAUGCUAGAAAAUAGCGUCAUGUCCCGGCGAGGGUCUGAGGUCGACUCUACAGAGCAGUGCGCAACCGACAAAGCAGAUCAACCUCAAGAUCUGAGUCAAAUCGUGGAGCCAAGGGUUGAAUAUAUUACUGCUAAGAUGGAGAUCGAUGAAGGGACCGACAUCGCCGCGGUACCUGAAAAGGCCGACGCAGCUGUCGAGCCCAAUGCAGAAGUGCCGCCGCCUGCUGAAGAGUCUACUGAACCAUCUGCCCCGCCAGUGGCCGACUCAGGAUCCACGUCUACCACUGCGGUGCCGGAAACAGAGACCCAGACCGUUGAGGAUGCACCAACAACUUCACAACCUACCAUGGAAGGAGUUGAGCCAGCUGUGAAUGGAUCGGUCGAGAAGACCGACCUAGACAGCUCGAAACGAGAAAGCCCACCGUCCGACGCUCAGAGACAGUCUCACACCCCGCCCCACAGCUUUACAGGCGACCAGCAACAUCCCUUGUCGCAGGGAGGCAUCCAAUGGUAUAUGCAACCCUUUGAUCCUGUAGGGACCACCAUCCAUGAGGAGCGCUGGACGGGACGGGACGUUAUGCGGGGAAUGAGUGAGGAAUUAAGCGAACUAGAUGAGGAUGAACUGAAAGAUCUGGUAGAGGAGGAUGAGCUAGAAGGACAAGUGGCCAGCUCAUCGCUGGAGACUUCGGAUGGAAAGGGUGCUCCUCCCCAGCAACAUGUAAAGACUCAUCGGACGCGACGACGCUGGCGUGGGUUUAAGUAAGAAAGAGCAAGGCAAGAUGGGGAUAAUUGUCUGAUGUGGACUGUUUCUUUGUUCCUUCCUCUUUACAUCGCCAUUUGUUCGCCUCUAUUUGUUUUCGUGUGUUUGCUUUUUCUUUUUCUUUUUUUGUCGACAGUUGUUUAGCCAACUGGAAGGGAUGGGCGUUAAGGCAUGCCUUCAUGGCCAUGGGGGAAUGGCAUUUUUGGGCCGUAGAUCGCCAACAUCGCGUAAUGAAUGGGCGUUAAGUG